AUGUCUGACCGAACUCCGCGCCGCCCGCCUCCCAGCACCCCGCUGCGGAACCCGACGCUCUCCGAGCGCACGUCGCGCACCCUCGCCCCCAUCAUAGCCAAUCGGCGGGCACUGGCCCUGCGCGGUGAAGGCCUUGCGCGGGUCGAAGACGCGUCGGCUCUCUUCCCCGAGCCCGCUUCGCCGCCGAAACCGCCAGGUUCAUACCUGAGGAUGGCGCCGAGGCGAAUGGGCGCGAGCUAUGCGCCUCGAUUGGAGAACGAUCGCGGCGGAGAUGUUGCUGGCCAAGACCAGCGCAGAUACGAGGCCUCCGGCCCGCCCCAAACCCCCUCCCGGCCCCCUCCCACCACCACGCCCCGUCUGGGCCUCAUGAGCAACAGUGCUCGACGCCCUCGCCGCGCGUUCAUGUCGCCGCUUGCUGCUCCGCUGAACCAGCCGAGCUUUGCUCCUGCUUCGCGCUGGGCGCCGCCUGUUCGCCGUCCUGCCGCCUUGGGUUUGGCGGAGGAAGAGAAGACGGUGCUGGUGGAAGAGAAGGGGGAGGAAGGCCAGGUGGCUGGAGAGGGGGAGGUGGAGGAGGAGAAGGAAGUUUGA